UUUAUUUGACUUCACCUUCUCACUCGUCCGGAUACGUGAACAUCCUAGGAGAAGGUUAUUUUGUCGACAAGUAUAAUUUCUAAAUGAUCCAUUGGGGUUUAAAUCAGGAUGUUUCUGCUUCUUUGACUUUGGUCAGGACUCGUAUCCCAUGGUGCAAAGUGAAACGGGACGUCCUAGCCCUGCAUCCCAUGGUGCAAAGUGAAACGGGAGUCCUAGCCCUGCAUCCCAUGGUGCGAAGUGAAACGGGAGUCCUAGCCCUGCAUCCCAUGGUGCAAAGUGAAACGGGACGUCCUAGCCCUGCAUCCCAUGGUGCAAAGUGAAACGGGAGUCCUAGCCCUGCAUCCCAUGGUGCAAAGUGAAACGGGAGUCCUAGCCCUGCAUCCCAUGGUGCAAAGUGAAACGGGAGUCCUAGCCCUGUAUCCCAUGGUGCAAAGUGAAACGGGAGUCCUAGCCCUGUAUCCCAUGGUGUAAAGUGAAACGGGACAUCCUAGCCCUGUAUCCCAUGGUGCAAAGUGAAACCGGACGUCCUAGCCCUGCAUCCCAUGGUGCAAAGUGAAACCGGACGUCCUAGCCCUGCAUCCCAUGGUGCAAAGUGAAACGGGAGUCCUAGCCCUGCAUCCCAUGGUGCAAAGUGAAACGGGAGUCCUAGCCCUGCAUCCCAUGGUGCAAAGUGAAACGGGAGUCCUAGCCCUGUAUCCCAUGGUGCAAAGUGAAACGGGAGUCCUAGCCCUGCAUCCCAUGGUGCAAAGUGAAACCGGACGUCCUAGCCCUGCAUCCCAUGGUGCAAAGUGAAACCGGACGUCCUAGCCCUGCAUCCCAUGGUGCAAAGUGAAACCGGACGUCCUAGCCCUGCAUCCCAUGGUGCAAAGUGAAACCGGACGUCCUAGACCUGCACCACCACCAGUUUAUUUUCCCCAUUCAUCAUCAGCCAAACAUACAGAAGGGCUUCCCAAGAUGUCUCUACUAGAAGAUAUAAUUGAUCUGUUGCAAAAUGUCCUUGAGUAUUUCGGAGUCUCUCCUGACAUGCUGGUUCCAGUGUGGGAGACCCAGUUGUGUGGUCAGUACCGGAGCCUGGUGAGGAUGAUCGGGACCAACCUCCCAUUGACCCCGUCUCCACGUAUCCACUUCCAGAUUCCUCAACACACCUCCCGACAGCUCAGAUACCUGGACGUCACCGUGGAUACCCGCCCAGCUAUCCCCUCAUUGGCUGACGUGCUGUGGGUGGCGGAGGAUGAGGGAGACGGCUUCACCAAGAUCAGGCACCGUGAGCGUCCGUCCCGGCAGGGUUCUGUGAGUCGCGGAGAUGAAGUGGUGCUGAGCCUUCCACCUCCAGGGGACCCAUGGUUGGCAGCGGUCCGAGCCCAGCCAAGAGACAUGACGCUGGGGCACAGAUCAGACCCAGUGGCCCUACGGAAGAUCACAGCCCUGGAGGAUGAGUUGCUCAAACUACGAGCUCAGAUUGCCAUGAUUGUUACCGCGCCACCCUCAGGUCCAGCCAAUUCCCAGAACCUUCCGGGUACCCCUGGAAUGUCCCCUGCAUCUUUCCUCACCUCCACCCCUUGCUACCCUCCUCCUCCUCCUCCACCUCCUUGCUGCCCUCCUCCUCCUCCACCUCCUCCCUGCCCUCUUCCUCCCAGCUCCUCUGUAGGGCUGUCUGAGGCGGUGGAUCUAAUCCAGCAGGGAAGGGAGUCCGGUAAGGGUCAUGCCCAGGGGAAGAGCCAUGAGGCUGGGCAGGUUGGACUACUACAGUCCCAGGAUAAGGCGGUAGGACAAGGCCCGGUCCUCACCAUGCUGGAUGUACUGAAUGACCUGAACCAGGUGAAACUACGCUCCGUGGAGAGGUCGCCCGGGGGAACGCCGGUGCGGAGGAGGCGGAGCAAGGGCACGGCGUUGCUAAGCGACCCGGCCUCCAUGAUUGCCGAGGCCCUGAGGAGGAAGUUCGCCCACCAUCGCCUCAAUGACUCGUACGACAAAGAGAACCGCUCCUCAGAGCUCUCGCCGUUCGGCAGCCCCGAUACAUCGCCCUGUAUCCCCCAGCAUUCCAAGCGCAGCCAAGGACGACUCGACCUGUGACCUGUGACCUCCGAGGUCACUACGCCGCCUGAGAACACCGACGCCUCCCUUCCCGGCUACCAUGGCGACUGUUGGCUGAGGCUGCGUCCCAAUAAAACCGCCUUUUCUCUCGAAGUGUACACUUGUUCACUACUUUUAAAUUAGGGAAGUGAACUUUGGGAGGAAGGAGAGAUAUUUGGGACAGAGCCCAUGUCCACUUUUUGUUUUGUUGCUUUUUUUAAAAAUGUUUAUUUGAAUUUUAUUUGAAGAGCUUCUCUUGUCCAUUUUUCAUCGUGUUCUGCUGUGCUAUGAUGCGUCCAUCAGGUAUUGUUUAUAUAAAGGGACGAUUUGAUAUUGAGCCUAA